CACACGAACACACCACUCUCUCCCUCCCCCCGCCGCAACCCCCGACGGCAGAAUGUCCGCUUCUGCUCGCGACGCGAUCCUCAUUGCCGAGGCCUUCAAGGCGCUCGGCAAAGCUGUCAAGCGAAAAUCCUAUGAAUCGGAUUCGGACGACUACAUCGAACAACCCACCAACCGCGGGGGCAAGCUAAAGAAAAGAGCGCGCUUUGUCCGCCGAGGCCAGAUCGGACCGAACGGGCCUCCGCUGUUCAAGGAGGCCGUUGAACACGCUGGCUACCAGCGCGUCGUGAUCAGCCGCAACCCAACGCUUGUCGACGAAGAAGGCUACGAGAUCGACAGCGAUGACGGGGAGGAGCGCGUCGCCGAAGCGCAAGCCGAGGCCGACGAGGUCAAUCCAUACGCAAGCAUCCGGCUCGAGGAAAUCCUCGCCCCUCUAACUACCUCGGCGGACCUCGCAAACCAUGCCACACUCUCCCGACCCUUCCUCUCGACCGCCCUGUCCGAGCUCUCAUUACAAGGCCGGAACCUGAUGCACAAGGAGAAUAAGGCCCUUUGGAAUGUGCGCCCGCUCUUAACGCGCCUCUGUGGUGAUCAUACAUGGGCAUCCUGUAACAUGAUGCUGGGGCCCAGCGACACCAACCUUUUCGACAUGCACACCACCGGUGCACCGCAGCACCGUCGACCCCAGAACCGCAAGCAAGCGGCGGCAACAGAAGCCCAUAAGCCAGCGUCGCCGUCCAUACCCAACGGCGCGAAUCCGAGGUCUGGGCCUCCCGGCCAUACGAACCAGAAAGCUGGCGUGGACGAAGCGGAAGAUAAACAAGAAGAUCCUGACGUCACAAUGGAGGACAUUGACCCCUUGGAUGGAUCUGCCACAGCCGGUCCUGCGGCCGUCAACGGGGAUAAGCUCUCAGAAGGCGCGCCUAAAAGAGAUGAUAAAGUCGGGGAUGGCGAGAAGGCAGCCCCAGGUAAAAAGGACAAACACGCCGCGAUAAGUGCGACCAAUGGCGAGCUGUCAGCAACAGCUUCCGCCGCAGCAAGGCGUCAAUUGGAAAUCGGCGACAAGAAUUCGAGCAUAAACGGAGACCCAGUUGCAGUAAACGGCCUUACAACCAUGGAUAAGGGAGUCCAAUCUGGCGCUCCUAACGCGCCUCAUGAAGUCAACGGUUCCGGGGUGACGUUGGCUAGCGAUCCAGAAGCUAUACACCCAUACUUCCUGGCCCCGCCAUCAGCAUACCCAGACCGGGAUGCUGGUCUGCCGCAGCAGGAUGCAGAAGACGUGCGCCGGUUGCUGCAACUGUAUGUCCAGAAGCAAGAGGAGGUCUGCCGCGGCACCAAAGAGCUGUACGAGGGCCUGCUACGUGCAGACCGGCUACGACAGAUGGUGCUCAAGUGGUCCAAGGCCGAGGCGCAUUGCGGCGCAAGCCGAGACAUGUCAGACGGCGAGGACUGGUACGACAAGGACGAGUGGGGCCUCGCCGAGGACCUUAAGAAGGGACAGGAUGAGGAGGAGGAAGACACUACCAAGGACCAGCCCAAGAAGACCAGGAAUAGGAGGUGACACGAGUAUAAAGGCGGCGUGAAGUGCGGCGGGUCUGUCUAUAUCACGAUGAUACCAUGUAGCAUACUGCUAGAUAUUUUUGGCGUUGAGAGGUUACUUAUUGUGCAUCAUUGUAUUGGCAGGAGAGGGUUGGUAUACCUGGGCAUGCAUGUGGUUUUUACUGACAGGAUUAUGACAAGGGCUUACAUUUAUUAGAACAGCGUGAAGGUCUAUGGAAGCAGAGUGAUAUGGUACAUGCGCCCUCAACCCAGACGAACCUUGCGCCAC